AAACGUUAAGCCCCACCAUAGAAAUACGCAAAUGUUCCAUCUCACGGGCUCCUCGAAGUCCCACAAAUUUCCAUACUAAAGAAGACUACUGUACUCACUGAAUACAGUAUUCCCAGUAAUUAUUAGCACCUCUCAUACUCCUUUUUCUCACUCUUUUCUUCUCUUCUACACUCUUCAUUUCACUUACCUUUCUUUUCACUCUUCUUCUAUCAAAGGUUUGUGGAAGAAUUACUGAGUUGGUGAUCUGAAAUGGGUGUUACUAAGAGAAUUAAAAAGUUAUCUGAUUUUCAAGAAUUUGAUCAACAAUGGAGGGUUUUGAUGCGUUGGCUUUGGGUUGGUGGCGGGUUCUUGCUCCAAUGAUAAAGAAAGAAUUUGGUUUCUGAACUUUUGCUUUUCAGAAAAUUAUGUCCAUUAUAUUGAUGAAUUAGUUAUAGCAUUAGUUUGAUUUAAUUUGUAGUUUGAUGUAAUUUGCUAAUUGUUAUUAGUGCAACAAUGCAAUGGUAAGUUGAGUAGUGAUUACUGAUUAGUUAGAGUGAGUGUAGGGAGUAAUUGACAAUGUGGACUGAUGAAUGAUUUUUAGUAAUUUAGGAUUUAGAUGAAGUCGCCGAGUAAGAAAAGGAAGGGAGUUGAGGAGCUAUUGAAUGGUGGGAGAUAUACUUCGUCAAUAGCAUAUUAUAGGUCUCAUGUAUCGUUGGAAGAUUACUCUAGGCUAAGAAAAAGGGGAAAGGAAGAUGUAGUUAGAGAUGAUUGUAGAUUGUCCGAGAGUAGAGUGAGUGGUGUCGUUACUGCUCCACCUUACGGUAGCUUGCCUUCUGGGUCACCUACGAGAGGUAUUAAAAGGAAAAUAGGUUGUAUAGAUGCAGCUACCAGAACAGGAAGGAAGAAAAAGAUUGAGCAGGAUUAUUAUUUGGGUGCUACGAUUGGGAAAGGGAAAUUCGGGUCUGUGAGAAUGUGCUGGAGCAAAGCAAGUGGUGAGGUGUUUGCGUGUAAAACUUUAGCCAAAGGGGAAGAACCUGUGCAUCGAGAGGUGGAGAUUAUGCAACAUUUGUCUGGACAUGUGGGCAUUGUAACACUCAAGGCAGUGUAUGAGGAUGUUGAAUCUUUCUAUCUUGUGAUGGAAUUUUGCCCUGGUGGGAGAUUGCUUGACCAAAUGGCAAGGGAAAGGCAAUAUUGUGAGCAGCAGGCCGCUAACAUACUAAGAGAACUUGUUAUGGUCAUCAAGUACUGUCAUGAUAUGGGUGUUGUUCAUCGUGAUAUAAAGCCAGAGAAUGUUCUUCUUACAUCCUCAGGGGGCUUGAAGCUUGCAGAUUUUGGCCUGGCAGUUAGGAUUGUUAAUGGUCAGAGCUUGUCUGGUGUGGUUGGAACUCCAGCUUAUGUUGCUCCUGAAAUUUUGGCGGGUGAAUAUUCAGAAAAGGUGGAUAUCUGGAGUGCUGGGGUGCUUCUUCAUGCACUUUUGAUUGGUGUUUUACCCUUUCAAGGAAGCUCUUUAGAAGCUUGUUUUGAGUCCAUCAAGAGUGUAGAUCUUAAUUUUGAUAGUGGCUUAUGGAUAACAGUUUCACAGCCUGCUAAGGAUUUAAUUGCUCGUAUGCUAACAAGAGAUGUUUCAACAAGACUAUCUGCCAAUGAAGUACUAAAACAUCCAUGGCUUUUGUUCUAUGCUGAUCCACCUUUGAAGACACUGACCCUUAAGUUAACACCGAGCAAAAGUAGGAGAAUGACUGCACGUGACGUGACUGUAAAAAAAAGGAAUGAAUCAGAAAAUAAACAGGACAAGCCAGCUUAUUCACACAGAGUUGACUCAGACAAUGACUCGUCGACAAGCAGGUCGACUAGUUCUUCGUUCAAGUUGGAAGAGGACAGUGGAUUAGUGGAUGCUCUUGCAGUUGCAGUUUCCUGCAUGAACAUAACUGAAACUAAGAGGAUUAGGUUAUGCAACCCACCGACUAUUUCUAUUUCACAUGAGUGUUCAUCUAAUAUAAAAACUAAUCUCUGUACAGCUUUCUGAUUAUUUCUAAAGUGUUGAUAAACAGUUUUAAGCUACUGGGGUUAACUUAAGGUAAUGUUAGCCACCUCAUAGCUUAAAUCAGAACUUAGGACUACCCUUAUGGUAUUAAUCUUACCUGUUAAUGCUUGUAUUAUUCGAUAAGCGGGUUUUGACUCUUCUGUAAUGUGUGCAUAUUUUCGUGCCAGUAUGUGACUAGCUGAAGGACAGUUACCAAUAGGAUGUUAUAAUGUAACUUUAAAGUUAAUAUUACAUGACUGUUUUUCCUUGGGUGCAUCUUUUUA